CCAAAGCUCUUGUUCCAAGACUUGCAGAAGUUUAUGAGAUGGAGAGUCGGGGCUAUGGAGCGGACCGUAUCGCUCUUGGACUUUACAUACAAGGACAGCAACCAGAUGGUCCAGAUCCACGACUACGAGAAGGUGAGCUUCCUCCGCGUAGACGGAGACAUGAAGAAAGGGACCAAGGAGGUUAUAGCAACGUUCCAACAGAACUAUCCCGAGAUUUUGUCACUCAAGUUUUUCCUCAAUGUUCCAACAGUCGUCAGCUGGGUCUAUGCCUUGGUGAAUAAGUUUGUGGCCAAGGAAACAGUGCUGAAAUUCCACAUGCUAAGCGGAGGCGAUGUCUCGGAGUGGUUGAGCAGCAAGGAUUUGCCAGAAAAGUACGGAGGUGAGGCCAAAAACUCCGAUCUCCAGCUGCAGAACGUGAUGAGCAAGGAUGUUGUGGUUCCACAGUACGCCCAAGUGUUACUCCAAAAGGAUUUUCUCGAUGUUGAGUAAGUCGUUUAGAAGCUUCUUUCAAUAGGGAUAUACAAUUGUGGUGAGCGCCCUAAGUUACAAGAUAAGGCAUGUAUUACAUUUUCUAUGUUUUACAUCUAUGCAUAUUUCUAGCUUUACUUGGAUAAUACCCUGC